AUGUCGGACGACCACAAGCAAUAUGCUACUUACAACGAUGUCCACAAUCUCUGCAAAAAGUCGGCGAAAGGACCUCUUGAGAAAUUCCAAAUCAACCUUAUAAUCGCCAUCGGUGGUGGUGGUUACAUCCCUGCCCGCAUCCUCCGGUCAUUCCUCAAGAAGACUCCCGAUGCCCCUAACAUUCCAAUCCAGGCCAUUGGUCUGUCUCUAUACGAGCGCUUGGGCACAGACAGCGUUGAGGAGGCCCCCGGUACCGAGGUCAAACGUUUGCAGUGGCUCGACAUGAACUCCUCGAUGGCCAACUUGAUUGGCAAGAACGUUCUUAUCGUUGACGAGGUCGAUGAUACCCGCACAACCCUUAAAUAUGCCGUGGAGGAGCUCGAAAAAGACGUUGAGGAAGCUCGGAAGCAGCUCCCUGCCGGGGACGAAAGGAAGAACAAGGAGACCAAGUUCCACGUCUUCGUUCUGCAUAACAAGGACAAGGUCAAGAAGGGUAACCUGCCCACAGAUAUGACGGACAACGACCAGCGUUACUGCGCCGCGGUCACCACUGGGGAUGUCUGGAUUUGUUAUCCUUGGGAGGCCGAAAACAUUGAAGAGCACGAUCGUCAAGCUAAGUUGCAUCCUAUCGUUGCUCAAUAG